GAGUACGGCUCCGUGUUCUCCCUCUCGUUCUCGGGCCUUCAUUCCUCGUCGUCGAAGCCGUCCUAACCUCACCGUUCACUGCACGCAUCGGUAUCCAGUACUUGUGCCCCUGGAAGAGCAGGGAUAGGCAGUGCUGCAGAUUGGUGUCGGUAGUAGGCUGUCACAUAUGCGCCUUGCCUUUCUUCUGCCCCGGCGCAGUCUCCUCAUGCAAGCGGACCCUGCCAAACGCUUCGCUCUCCCCUCGUCCUCGUCCCUCAAGCGCCCCUUCUCUCGCACCCCCUCUCCGUCUACUCGCCCGCCAUCUGAUCCCGACCAGCGCCCCGGCAAGGUCCCAAAAGUAGAAGGCGACCAUCUUCCCUCGUCCUCCAGGUCCACCAUGACGCCGUCCAGCUCUAGUUCACGCCGCCAGAUGCCCCACCUUGCUCGUGCACCGGUGUCAGGCCCUUCGCGGCCGUCCAGCAACAAGGGUCGCCGAGGCAAAGCACCGGCCUCCGCAGCGCGUCAGCAACCCACACUGCCCGAGCCAGUGUGCAGCGAGGCAUACAUCCGGUCAACGUACGAGACGAAGCCUAUCAAGGCAAUAUGGAACGACAAUCCCAAAUCGCCGCUGACAAACCACUGCAAGAGCAUCCUCAACUCCAUGCCUGAGUACGAGUCUGUACAGGGCAUCGCCGCGAAUGGGCAGACAUUGUGGAGGACGACAGUUCGAGUCAAGGGUGCCGAGGUUGACAUCACAGGAUGCGGAGACCACAGCAACAGGAAGGAUUCUGAGAAGUUGGCAGCGCUCAGCGCACUAUUGCAACUGGACACUCUUGGCGCGUUCAACAAGUCUUCUGGUCCGAAACAACCAAAAGCCUCUGCGGAGGUGGAAUUGUCUCCAACGGAGACUACCCUGUCCGACGGAAGCAAAGUGGACUACGAAAAGGCACGCCAAUUCAUGGAGUAUUAUUGCCGUCGCUUCGGCUUCGGACGCCCAGAGCUCACGUACACGCCCUUCAAAAUCCCACAACGCGGAGGUGGGACGACGGCAUGGCAGGCAGAGAUGACCGUCGAUGGGCGGAGGAUCGGUUUCAGCAAGGGCUCCAACAAGAAAAACUCCAUGUUGAGUUGCUACGUGGACGUCACGCAGUACCUCGAGCAGUGCGAUCCAAACAUUUGGGCGGGGUUUCUGAAGGACCAGAAGACGGGCAAGGACCUCGGUCUCGCUCCGCGAGUGCUCUUCGAGAUUGAAGAUUCGCUCCAAGAUCACAUCGCGGACCUAUGCAGUGACAUCAAGAAGAGCAAACUGUACCAAAACCGGUCGUCUACCAAGUCCAGCACACAAGACGAUGGCGACACUCAGGGCUCGAGUGUCCCUACUGGCCCUCGCCUGCUUUACCGCAGACCAGUCCCAUUCUCGUUGCUGCAGGACAAAUCCGCCCGGCUGAAGCAGAAGCGCGAGGAGUACCUUGCCUCGACCGACCCGAAGGUCGUGAGAAUGCGCGAGCAGCGUGCUGGCCUCCCAGUGUACACGAAGUCGGAACAAAUACUCCAGCACAUCGAGAACCACGAGGUUACCAUCUGUAUGGCCGCGACGGGCUCGGGCAAGACGACGCAGAUCCCGCAGAUCAUCCUCGACAAUAUGAUCGACCGCGGGGAGGGCGCGAAGUGCAACAUCGUCUGUACGCAGCCGAGGCGUAUCGCUGCUAUCAGUGUCGCGGACCGCGUCGCGAAGGAGCGCUCGGAGACAGUGGGCCGUAAUUCGUGCGUUGGGUACCAAGUCCGGUUCGAGCACAACCUGCCAGAAGAGCAUGGUUCCGUCACCUUCUGCACGACUGGCAUCUUCCUCAAGCGCAUGCAGAGCGCGCUGGAGGGGGAUAACUCCGCCGGGCGCAGCCUUGACGAUGUCACGCAUAUACUGGUGGACGAGGUGCACGAGCGGGACGUCGACACGGAUCUGCUGCUCGUCGUGCUCAAGCGCAUGCUUGCGGACCGUAAGGCGCGCAACAAGCCGCUGAAGGUCGUGCUCAUGAGCGCUACGAUCGACGCGAAGCUCUUCCAGGAGUACUUCCCCGACGAGAACGACCAGCCUGCCAGCGUCAUCGAGAUACCUGGACGGGCAUUCCCUGUGGACAAGAAGUUCCUGGACGAGUUCCUUCCCGACCUCGCGAGGGAGCGUAGCACCUCUUGGGUGUUCCAGCAGGACAGCGUGCAGAAGUAUCUGACACAUCAGUUGGGCUCUACCGCGGUCGUUGGUAUCACGGGAACGACGACGCGCAGUAAUCGCCACCAAUCAGACAUGCCCAUCCAGCCUUCCGCUGGUCCCGACAGUUCGCGAGACGACGACCUGGACAUGCCUGCGCCCUUGGUAGCGCUAACGAUCGCACAUGUGCUGCGCAGGUCGGAGGACGGCCAUGUGCUCGUCUUCCUUCCUGGCUGGGACGACAUCACGUCUGUGCAGAAGUGCCUGCAGGGUAUGACCGGCGGAAACCUUCUCGACAUCAACUUCAACGACUCGCGCAAAUACAGCAUCCAUCUCCUGCAUUCGACUGUUCCGAUCGCGGAGCAGCAGGCUGUCUUCGAGCCGCCGCCCGAAGGAGUGCGCCGCAUCAUUCUCGCAACCAACAUCGCUGAGACGUCCGUCACCAUCCCGGAUGUCGUCUACGUCGUUGAUACGGCACGAGUGAAGGAGCAGCGGUACGACCCAGAGCGUCAUAUUUCAUCUCUCGUCUCUGCAUGGGUCGGCUCGUCCAACCUCAACCAGCGUGCAGGUCGUGCCGGACGGCACCGGUCAGGUGAAUACUACGGCAUCCUGACGCGCAGGUUCUCCGACGCCCUGUACCCACACCAGACAGUGGAGAUGAAGCGUGUCGACUUAAGCAACGUCGUCAUGCACAUCAAGGCGCUCAACUUCCCGGGCAUGACUGUCGAGGAGGUGCUCGCCGAGACGAUCGAGCCGCCUGCGGUGGACCGUGUCACGGCCGCCAUGAAAGCGCUGGAGAUGGUCGGAGCCCUCGACCAGCACCACAACCUGACCUCCCUCGGCCGCGUGCUCCUCCAGAUUCCUGUGGAUGUCCAGAUGGGUCGAUUGGUCCUCUACGGCAGCUUCUUCAGGUGUCUUGACCAGGCGCUGACGCUCGCUGCCAUCCUUACGAACCGCGAUCCUUUCCUUGCCCCUAUGCAUCUCAAGUUCGAGGCUGCCGCCAAGAAGAACUCGUUCACGACGGAUGACUUCCGGUCCGACGCCCUGGCCACCCUCCGGGCGUACAAUCAAUGGUGGGAGAUGCAGAGCAAGGGGAUGUAUGUACAAGCGAACCGGUUCUGCCAGGAGAACUUCCUGGCGAAGCCGACCUUGAUCAUGAUCCAGAAGAUCAAGGACCACCUCUUGCAAUCGUUGUACUCCAUCGGUGUCAUUGACCUUUCAGCCGGCGGUGAUGUCUCGAGACGCACGGAUACGAGGAGAGGUGCCGUACCGCCUGAGUUGAACAGCAAUGGCGAAUCGCAGCCCCUUCUUGCCGCUCUCAUUGCCAUCGCCUCUCAGCCAAAGUUCGCUAUUCGAACUGGAGAAAAGAUAUACCGAACUGCUACUGACAAGAGGGUCUUCAUUCACCCAUCAAGCGUGAACCACCGUAGACGCGAGAGGGCUGAGUCAGAAGACCUGAACUCUGCACUGACGGAGAAACAGAUCAUUGCCUACACCGAAAAACGCCAGAACCUGACUUCUGGCCAGUCACACCCGGAUAUGUACCUCAUCACCACCUCGCGUCUCGACCCGUUGACCUACAUCCUCUUCGGAGCGUUCAACAUUGAGGUGACGUUCCGUGGAUUAGAAUGCGACGAGUGGCUGCCCAUCGUGGGUCGCCAGGAUGCUCUUGACGACGUCGAGAGGUUGAAGAGGCUGAUGGAGGCCUGCAUGCUUCGUGUCUUUGAAGGCAUCAUCGCAGGCCGGUCGAAGGCUAACAACCGGCGCUUGCCUCAGCGCAACGAAGAUCGCGAGGACGAGUCUGGUGACGAAGACGACAGCCCACAAGACCGCUCGCUCUCGGCUAUGGAAGUCAAGGAGCUGGAUGUGAUGACGCGCGACAUCGUGCGGAUCCUCAACGAGUACGGCACUUACCGCGUGGCCAUGCAGUCGCAGCAUAACUCGCGGCCCGCGACGCCCAUGGACUCCCCGGUCUGGGCGAGCAAUCGUCUCCCUGGCACACGCUCUGGCUACUCCACGCCGGCGUACAACAUGGGUUCGGCGUACAACUCGAGACCAAGUACACCCAGUCGUUUGUCAGCAUCGUCGCGAAGGUGGUGAGGUAUAGUAUUAGAAUCUCCCAAGUAUCGGAUCGCUAUCGUGGUACGCUAGUGCUCGCCAAUAACUUAGUUGUGUAGAGAUAGGUUAAGGACGCCGUCUGUCUGUCUGGAACUGCUAAUAACUAGUGCGAUUCUCCCCGCUCAA